UGGAGAUUGUUUUCAAACAUGCUGCCAAAGAAUUGCGCGAAAGAUGGGUGAGCGCUGUGUACUCUGUAUGGUGUGUACGACAUUGGGAGGAUAGAUUGGUGUGCUCCUCCAUGACUAAAUUCAACCCCGUGGCAUGUUCAUUCAUUGUAUUUGAUUCCAACUCAACAUGGUUGGGGGCGGCAAAGGUCAAUCCAAGUACUUUUUCGGUCGGAAGAAAACAUCGAACACGUCCACGUCUUCGCCCACUUCCAAUAGCUUGACCAACUCGCCCAGAACCUCGAAUACCAAAUCCCAAAGAAGCAUUGACACUUUUUUCAAGCGCAAGUCGUCCUCGGGAAUUGAUGACGCUACUCCCAAUCCAGAGAGUAAGACUACCGUUCAAGAUCCAAAUGUUGAUUGGCCCAUGGCCAAGAAACCAAGGAUAUAUUCGGAUGGCACCCAACAAGUGGAAGAAGUGAUUCAUGUGGAUGAGGAUCGUGAAACCUGUACUAGCCUGAUCUCAGACACGACGCCGACUGACCUCAAGAGCCAACCUCCAGAAUCGACAGUCCAAGGCAAACCCACGCCUUUGGAAAAACAAGUGAUUGAAUUCAAAGCCAAAUACCCCCAGUUGAUUUUGUUUGUGGAGUGCGGCUAUCGUUAUCGAUUCUUCGGGCGUGACGCUGAGAUUGCUGCCAAAGUGCUCGGAAUUUAUUGCCAUCAAGAUCGCUUAUUUCUGACCGCCAGUGUGCCUACAUUCCAUGGACCCGCUUUGUAUGUGAAAAAGCUAGUGGCCCAUGGGUACAAGGUAGGAAUCAUCGGUCAGACGGAGACCGCAGCGGCUCGCCAAGUGGGGAAUAACAAAUCCAGCUCUACCUUCGCCCGAGAUCUGGUGUCGAUUUAUUCUAGAAGCACUUUCCUGGGAGAGGACAUUAGCCUGGAAUAUGCGAGCGAACUCACCCAAGAUCCCAAAGGCAAUGUCAAGAGCGUUCUUAUGGCCGUCUAUGAAACUGACGCAUCCAUUGCUGUGGUGGGAGUAGAGCCCACUACGGGCAACAUCAUUUAUGACGAUUUCAAAGACGACCCUGCCCGUUGCGGCUUAGCAAUGAGAUUAGCCACCAUUGAACCCUGUGAAGUCCUUGUGCCUCGAGAUCUUCUGGAUUCCAAGUCACAAACGAUCUUAGAUAUGUAUUGCCGGAAAGCGGCCGAGAAGAACCCCAUUAUUCCCGAAACCGUUGACAUUGACCGAUUCGAUAAUGGAGAUUUCAUUGAGUUCUUUGGUGAUGCCUCAAAUGCUCUUCAAAGUUUGCCUCAAUUGUCCGUAGGGGUUCAGCGUUGCCUGGUGGCAUUGGUCCAUUACUUGGCCGAGUUCAAUUUGCAAGAUGUGCUUAAGCGAUCCAAAAGCAUCGAGCAAUUUUCUGGAUCUCGCAAUCAAAUCAUGUGCCUACCAGCGAUGACCGUGCGGAAUCUAGAAUUGUUCCGGAAUAGUACGAGCAAAAAGUCCGGAGUUCAAGGCAGUCUCUUUAAGAUCUUGAAUCGAACCCGAAGUCGUUUUGGCGCAAGGCUUUUCAAGGAUUGGCUGGCUGCUCCUUUGAUUACGAAAGAAGGAAUUUUGGCCCGCCAAGCCUCCGUGGAGUAUCUAAUGUCUCCCGAAGGCAAGGACUUCGAAGCCGUGUCAAAUCAGUUAAAAAAGUCUAUGGAUCUUGAAAUGGCUUUAAUGGCUUCGUUGUAUCAGAGAAUUAAGCCUGGCGAUUUUUUUCGUCUGUGCUCAUUCUGUCACCAGUUUUGGAAGAUCUGCACCCGAUUGAUAAGUCACAAUUUACCCGGAUCGUCGAUGCCCACUUUAAUUCGGGAUGCAAUUCAAUCGGUGACGGAGUCGUUCGAAGCCAUGGAAGCCGUGAUCAACUCCUUGGAUGAAGAAGCCGCAAAGAAGAGCGAUUUUGUGCACGUGUUUAAAGAUUGGAAUUUCCUCUCCACCGUUGCAGAAAGAAAACGCGCGCUGACCGAUUUAGAAAUGGAAAUGGAAAACUAUCGGCAAGAAAUCAAGAAGAUACUACGACUCUCCACUUUUCAGUACACUACUGUGUCUGGAGCGGAGUAUUUAAUCGAAGUGAAACGAAAAGAGAAUCGGAUCGUCCCCGAUGAUUGGAUUACUAUUAAUUCGACCAAGUAUCUAAUCAGAUAUCGCUCUCCUUUUAUUCACGAACGGAUUCCCGAAAUUCAGUUUGCCAAGGAAGCGUUAGAGAGCGAGUGCAAGUUAGGAUGGAAAAGUUUCCUACAAGAGUUUGCCUCGAGAUUUCCCGAAUUUCAAAAGGCCAUCAAGAGUUUGGCUCUGCUGGAUUGCCUCUUCUCGCUGGCCGAGGUAUCAAAAAGCGAGGGGUUUUGCAGACCCGUAUUUUAUGAUGACGCCGACGAAGAGCGACAGUACUCUGUUCUUAAUUCGAGGAACGUGGUUUUGGAACACAUCCUACCUCUUGGCACACCGGUGGUUCCCAAUGACAUCUACCUCAAACUUGACGGUCCUCGAGCUGUGAUAUUAACUGGACCUAACAUGGGCGGAAAGUCGUCGUACAUCCGUCAAGUGGCUCAAGUGGCGCUGAUGGCACAAAUGGGCUGCCACGUCCCGGGAACCGAAGCCCGAAUGCCACUUUUUGACGGAAUAUUUUUGCGCCUAGGAGCCAAGGAUGACAUGUUCUCUGGCCAGAGCACGCUAAUGGUGGAGCUGGAUGAGGCCAAUCACGUCAUGAACUCGGCUACCAGUCGAUCAUUGGUCCUGUUGGAUGAACUGGGUCGUGGUACGGCCACGUUGGACGGAGCUGCGAUUGCACAGGCGGUGUUGGAUCAUCUCUUGUUGAAAGUGCAAUGCUUAACCAUCUUUGUCACGCAUUACAAAGAGUUGAUCAACACCGAGCUAAGACAUCCCGGGUUGGUCAAAAACUAUCAUAUGGGAUUUUCGAAUGCGGCGAAACUUGACGCAAAAGACGAUAUGAGCGACAAGACGAAUACGAGGAACAUUGUACUACUACUGAAAUUAACGGAGGGUGCGAGCGAGAGCAGUUUCGGGAUGAAUGUCGCUCGUUUAGCGGGUAUUUCCGAAAGUAUAAUUGCUCGAGCUGAAGAAAUGGCAGCCCAGUUUCACUCAAAAGUGACAAAAACUUGCAUCUGA